AACGGUGGCCGCAAAAUGGCAAAAAAAUAAUACAUACGAUUUAAAACUAAUGACAAUUACGUAUUACGUGAAAAGAACGCAACGCAAGUAAUUAAAACCCAAUUGCCAAUCAGCCCAGUCGGCGCGUGUGCGUGUGUGCGUAGCUGCAGCGAGAAUCCGUGGGAAAAGUGAUUCAAACGGGUUUCAGAAUCGGAACCGAGCACUUGGGGCCUCCUCAUCUCCAUCUCAUCCGAUACCAUUUUCCAUCUACACUUGCGAAAAGCGACAGCGUGCGAGAGAGACGGCGCGAGUGAGCGGAGAGGCAGAGCGGCGAGAGUUGCGAGUGCGAGGCGAGUGCCAGUGCCAGUGAGUGCGAGCGAGAGCGCUGACAAAGCCAGCGCAACGCAGGCGAAAAUCGCAACCAAAUCGAAAAUCGCAAUCGAAAUUCAACCGAAUCGCAGAUUCUGGCGAACAAAGGCGACGGCCCACUAGCAGCCACAGCAACACAACAUCCAUAUCCACAACCCCGUGGCGCUCUCUUUUUGUUUUCGUUCCGCGUUUUCGCAAGCGGCGCUGAGUAAGCGCCAGAAAGAGUGCAAAAAAGAAAAAAAAGAAACGAAAUAAGCAACGGAAAGAAAGAAGCCAGGAGCAACGAACUGUGUUUGCGGUGUGUGCUCUGCGUGCGAACGGCCCACUAGAAAGACUGAAACAAGGAGCUUCGGCCCACAAGCGGUGAUCCCAGCACCUUAUCCUCAUUCUCAACGAGAGCCACAGCCACAUCCUAGCCCAUCCUCCAGCGCAGCGGGAAGACGAGGAGCGCGGCGGCGGCGUGAAGGAAGCUAACGCUAAUGAGGAUCUAUUGGCAGCAUGAGUACACUGGGGGGAAGUAGGGGAGAGCGAAAUGCCAAGCCCAAAUUCACAGCGUUGGAUAUAAAUCGCAUGUACAAGAAUAGCCGCGGCGAGUCGAGUGAACCAUCUGCACAAAAGAAUCAAGUGCCACGUAAACAUGGAAUGCAAAUCUUGGGCAAAGUGCCGUCCGCUAGGCGACCACCAGCCAAUCUGCCAUCCCUGAAGGCCGAGACCCACACCAGCAGCAACAACAAUCUCCUAGUCUCAGUCGAAGGAGCCACAUCUGGAGGAUCGGGCGCAGGCGGGUCAGCGGGAUCAGGCGCGGCAGGAACCAACACUAGCCACAACAACACCACUGCCCACAGCGGAAGUUCAGGAGCAGGAGGCGGAGCGGGAUCGGGCGGAGGAGGAGCUGCGUCGUCAUCUGCUGGUGGACAUCAUAGCCAGCAGCAAGCCCACAGCCAGCACCUUCACAACAACAACAUCGGUCUCGGCCUGAACGCUGGAAAGUUCGUCAAUAGCAACAACAGCAGCAGCAGCAACAACAACGCCGGCAUCUCAGGCGGCGGCAACAAGAACUUUAAAUUAAUCAACAACUCCGUUGGCAGCUCCGGCGGCGGAGGAGCAGGUGGAUCGGGCGGCGGCGGCGGAUCGUCAGGCUUAGGAGGAGGAGGAGGAGGCGGAGGAUCAGGGUCCGGAUCGGGCGGACACUCAGUCAACUCGCCCAAGACAUGGUCUGCAAUCACCACAGGACACGAGCGCGGCUCGGGCGGUCAGCACUUUGGCCGCCAGCAGCAGCAGGUUGUGCCCCACUACCAGAGUCCGCAAUUCCAGUACGAGUUCCCCACGCUGGACGGCACAGUUGGCAGCGGCGCAGGCGGCGGUUCGGGAACGGGUGUGGGUUCCGGGGCCGGAGCGGGCAAGAGCCAUUAUCAGAAUCAGGCGCACCAUGCCGGCCACCAAAACCACCACCAGCAUCAGCAGCACCACCAGCAGCAUCAACAGCACCACCACCAGCAGCAACAGCACCAUCGGGACUACCACCAUGGCCACGGGCGCCAGUAUGGACACCACUCGCAUCGCGACUACAGAGAUGGCAGCGACGACGUCGGCGGCGGGUCCGCGGAGCUUGGCGAGCUCAGCCUUCGUCCGCAGAACGACACGGCCGCCUGGCUGCAGCAGCAGGAGAAGGCGGCCAAGGUGGCAGCUGCUGCGGCAGCGGACCAGGGUCUCAACCUACAGGGCCCGGUCCACCAUCAGAUGGGCGGUAAUGGCGGGGCCGGAGGAGGUACGGGCGGAGCUGUGCCCCUGCCCAUCCUCUCGCUGAUGCCCUCGUUCAUGCGCAGCGGUGCCCCGUUGCCCGCCUCUGGAGCGACCGCGGCCAGCAUCUUGGCCGGCGGAUCCUUGGACUCGGGCGCCCUGCCCAGCGCUCCCUACCAGAACGGCAUCCUCGGUGCUCGUUCCGCCUCGCCAGCGGUGGUGGGCAGCGGCGGCUUCCGGGCGGCCACUGUCAUUCCCAAGCGACCACCGAACUCAUCCUCGCCCCCGCAAUCCGGACUGGGCCUUGGAGGAUCACCCACUCCGCCACAAUCCCAGCAGCAGCAGGCCAACGGCGGACGCAAGGAUAAGGACUAUGUGGUGGAGCCGGAGGUGGCACAGAUGCAGCGUCCCAUCAUCCGCGAGGAGGAUUUGGAGCGCCUUAACGCCAUCGCCAAGGACGAUAGCUGGACCAAACAGGACGACAUUGACUACACGAAGAAACUAACAUUCUCGGACGACGAGUCCACGCCGGAGGAGCAUCAGGGGCAGGUCAAGCAGCACGGCUCCGCCCAGCAGCAGGCGCAGGGAUCCUCCUCAGUAUUGGCUGGAAAUGAUCAGCGCAAGCUGUCCGCCUCCACAACCAGUUGGCAGCGCGGCAAGGAGAGCACCGAACGCGAACAGCAGUCGGAGCUUAAUCAGGAUCAGCAGCAGCAGCCGCUGCAACAACAGCAGCAGCAAGAAAUUCGCCAGCAGAACGGCCAUCGUGGUAGCUCUGGCAAUGUGGGAGCGCCAGUGGCCGGUGGCAUUGCCCUGGAUGCCAGCGUGUAUGAGCGAGUGAAGCAGCGCAAGGAGGAGGAGGAGCGUCGCGAGAUGGAGCGCAAGCAGGCGGCGGCCAAGAAGUUGCAGGAACUGGAGAUGAAGAUGAAUAGCAAAAAGGCGGCGGCCGCAGCUCUGGCGGGCGCCGAGCCAUCUUCGGGCUCCGCAUCACUGACCAAUGAGGUGGCGCCUCCAUCCGCACCACUCGGAAAUGUCAGCGAAGACGAGGGUGGAGGCCAAGGCGCCGGACUGCACCGACGACCACGUGGAAGCAUCUCCAGUUUGGGCAGCGGCGUCACACCCACGGGAGGAGCUGGCGGCGGCAACGCUGGAGGAGUAUCUUCAGCCUCCUCGGCUGGCGGCGACUACGGCCAGAAGACCUUCCUCACCCAUUUCCAAUCAAAUCUACCACCCCGUUUCCAGCGCCAGCAGCAGCAGCAACAGCAGCAGCUGCCGCGCCUGGAGAAGAGCGCAUCGGCCAGCAGUGCAUUCGAUAGCAAUUCCCGCUACCUGCAAAAGGGCGGCGUAAGCGGUGGCGUGGGCGCCAGUGGAGGAGCACCCACCACUGCUGGCCAGGGCCGCAGCAUUUCCGGCGGCUAUGCGCAGCGAGGUGGCAGUGUCGGAGGAAGCGGCGGCGGCGGUGGCGGAUACGGACGCAACCGCCACGACAGCAGCAGUGCUCGCGAGGAACAGGAGCUGGAACAGCAACAGCAGCGCUUCACCCGCGGUCAGGACUACCGCCAGGUGCAAGCCCUACCGCGCAGCAUAUCGGAGAACUCGCACCGCAAGACUAGCGUGUCAUCGGCUGGUGAUGAUGUGCUUGGUGGCGGAAGCGGCUCGUGCUCGUCGUGGGCCGAGCAAACGGAUGCCGAGCAGAAGGUGCACCAUCGCCACCGCGAGGAGAGCUUCUCCUCCAGCCACAGCCACGAUUCGGCGGUGCAAAUAAAGAUACUGCAGCGCCCGGCCCGUCAGCCGAGUCUCAGCGAGGAGUCUUCGAGCCAGCAGAAGCAGCUGCCCGCUUCGCCGCAACAGCAGAAGUCGCUGGCGAGCGAACCCAUGCCCACGCAGAUUCUGCGACGCAGCGUGGAGAUCGAGAAGCCAGGCGAGGAGAGAGCCGAGGAUAAGUCUGCCUUGGAUUCGGAGGACAAGUCGAAGGCAGCAGCAGCUGGUGGCAAGGUGGACGAUGACAAGUCCGGCAGCAAGCGGCCGAGUCCCAGGAGCGCAGCGGCAUGCGGCGGACGAGGUGGCGGCCGCAGCUAUACCGGCGGCAGUGGCGGAUCAGCUGUCGGAUCGGGCAGCAGCUACCGCGGGCAGAGGAGCGCCAGCGACUGGGGCAGCAAUCGCAGCAGUGGCAGACGCUACUACGGCAGCGGCGGAGAGCAGUCGGAGCACUCUGAGGACGUGGACGAGGACUGCUACAGCAGCGGCGGAGGCGGAGCUGGAGGAGCAGCGCGUCGCAGCCCCAAGGAAGCGGGCGGCAGUGCUUCGAACUCCGGUCAGGCUGCGGCCAACAAGGCGGGCUUCUCGCCCCGCGGCGAACCCUCGCGACGUGGACGCGGUGGCCUCUCCAGCGGCGGAGGCGGUGGCAGCUCUGCCUCCGGCUAUCGUCGCCAGCCCGUGGGCACCGGCUCAGCGGGAGGAUCGGGCUCGGGUGGAGCGGGUCGCAGCUAUGGCCGACUCGGCUACGAGGAAUACGGCAAGCAGCAGCGCACCUCCGAGUCGGACGCGGACCUGGACAAGACCAAGCAGAACCAGCUGGCACUCAGCGCCGGCCUGCACAAACCCAGCAAGGAUGACAAGGAUUCGUCAGCGCUCAGCGGCGAGGAGAAGGACAAGACUGCCACUCUGGCCCCCGCCCACAACACUGCCCUGCUAGCGAAGGAUGAGUUGCAGAAGGACGCAGCGGGCCGCCUGCCGCCGGGUCUCUCGGCAGCGGGCUCUGUAGUGGGAUCCGUAACUGCCACGUCGUCGUCGGUCGCAGUACCCGGCUCGGCGGACAAGAAGAAGGGUGAGUCCUGUGCCGUGGUCGGCGGCGAGAAGGUGCCGGGCAGCAAGUUGCCCGCCAUCGGCGAGAAGACCUCUCUGGGGGCCGUUGGCUCGGGUCCAUCGACCAAUCUCCUGCUGGACGCCGGCGCCCCGGUCAACACAAUAAUCUUUGAGAACUCCACGUACAAGCAGCAGGCAGCGGCCGCUGCCGUGGUGGUGACGAAGCCCGGAGCUCUCUCUGUGUCCAGUGGCGGCGCCACCAUGACCGUGGACAGCCUGUCCAGUGCCCUGUCCCAGAUGAGUUUCGGUGGCAAGGCGUCAGCGGCGGGAGCCGGUGAGGAUUCCCAGGACAUGAAACUGGGCUUCAGCUUCGUCGAUGACCCCACCGCACCGCUAAAGGUGGUGGACACGAUCGAUAAGACGGCCAGCCAGCAGCAGCAACAGCAACAACACUCCCAGCAGCAGCAGCAACAACAGCAGCAGCAGCAACAGCAGCAGCAAAACAACUCGACGGCGGAUCUCAAUAUGAAGAUAGCCAGCGUAAAGAAGGUGUGGGAGUCGGCCACGCCCAUGUCCGACGGCCCGUCGCCGGCGCAAGUGCAGCAGCAGCAGCAACAGCAGCCGCAACAGCAACAGCAGUCGCAGGUGCAGGUGGUUGCCCAGCAGCAGCAACAGCAGCAGGUGGUGGGGCAGCAGCAGACGGGCGACGAUGGCAGUGGCCACAUGAGCGCCGCCUCCUUUGUGGCCGCCGUCGCUGCCUCACAGCACCAGCAGCAGCACCAGCAAAUGCCGCACUACGCGGUGUCGGCGGUGCACAUGCAGAGCCACCACCACCAACAGCAGCAACAACAGCAGGCGGCGGCAGCGGUGGCGGCAGCGCAGGCGCAGCACCACCAGCAGCAGCAGGCACAGGCGCACCACCAGCAGCACCAUGCACUCUCCUCGCCGGGCCCGGUGCCCGGCGGCCAUGGCCAUGGAUACGGCCAUGGCUCGCCGUUCGACGCGGCAUCGUUGGAGCAGCAGUUCCAGCAGGAGGACUACCCCAGUCCCCAGCAGCAACAGCAGGCGCACCAGAAGACCAAGCAGCUGCAGCAGCAACAGCACCUGGGCAUGUCGCCGCCGCCCAGCCAGCAGCAGCAGCAGCAGCACUCGCAACAACAGCAGCAGCAACAGCAGGCACACCAGCAACAGCAGCAGCAGGCCCACCAGCAGCAGCAGCAACAGCAGCCGUCAUUCUACCAGGCGUCACCGCAAUUCGGCGUCGGUGGCAUUCCCACGAUCCCCAGCCCGCCGGCCGUGGUGUUCAACUCGUCGCAGAUGCCGCCGCCGCCACCGUCGCAGGGCGGCAAUCUGUACGCUCCAUUCCAUUCGCUCGAUCAUUCGAGCCGUUCGCCAGCCUACUCGGCGGCGGCGGCCGCCCACAGCUUCCCGAACCAUUAUGCGGCAGCAGCAGCGGCGGCGGCGGCAGCGGCCGUGGGCGGCGGUCCCUUCAAUGUCAACGUGAACGCCUACGCGCCCAUGACACCGCACGGCGGCAGCCUGCCGCCCACAGCGCCCACCCCGGACAUGUACUCGAACCUCUCCUCGCAGUUCCGUCUGGGCGGCGGUCCGGGCCCGGGUCCGGGUCCCUUUGGCCAGCCCAGCUCGCAGCAGCUGAGCAAUCCGAGCAACCACGGCGCCGUGGCCAUCAUCUCGUCCAGCAGCAACUCCAUGAUGUCGUCAGGGGCGGCCAAGCCGCCGCCCAGCCAGCAGCCCAUCGGCGCCAUUGGCUCCAAGUCGGCGGGCAGCGGUGGCGGUCCGGGACCAGGACCUGGCCCGUAUGCCACCACGCAGCAGUACAUGAAUCUUUAUGCGGGCCCGCCGCCCCAGCAUCCGGGCCAGGGUGGUCCGCCGCCGGGCGCCCAUCAGCUGCAGUCGAACAGCUACUACUCGAAUUCGGCGCCGGGCGGACCGAGUGGACCGCAGUUCUACGGCGGACCACCGCCGCAGGGCAAUGGCGGGGCGCAGAGCUAUGGCCUGGCCACGGCCGCGGGCAUGUAUGGCGGCCACCAGGGCGGUCCGCCGGGCUCCAAUGGACCGCCGGGACCGCCGCAGUCGCAGCACACGAUGGGCACCUUCAACACGCAGUUCAUGAACUCGCAGCUCCUGACGGCGGCCAGCAUCAAUCAGUACCGCGGCGGACCGACGCCCGGAGCGGCCUAUCUCAAGGGCAGCCAGGGACAGGCGCACAUGCAAGACUCGAUGGGUCGUCAGCUGAAGAGUCCUCUGAGCGCCGACAUGAGCUUGGGUCUGGCCAAGCAGGUGCAGUCGCAGCCCAGUCCGCCGCACCACAAGAACUACGGCGCGUGGGAUCUGCAGAACCAGGUGCUGCAGCAGCAGCAGCAAUCUCAGCAGCAACAGCAGCAGCAACAGCGCCAGGGCGGCGGCGGCGGUGGCAACGGGCCGAACAUGAACGCCCUGGGCGGCCGCGGCAGCGGAGCCGUAGGCAGUGGCAGCGGCAAUGGCGGCGGAGGCGGUGGCUCCCAGGUGGGCGGCAAUGGCGGUGGCAAUGGCGUCGGCAGCGUGGGCCAGAGCGGCGGCGGUGGCCAGGGACGCUAUCCCACGCCCAUUCAGCGGCCCAACAACUACCCCCAGCAUCCGCAGCAACAGCAGCAGCAGCAGCAACAACAGCAGCAACAGCAACAGCAGCAACAACAGCAGCAGCAGCAGCGGGAGCAGGCGGCAGCAGUGGCGGCGGCGGCUCAGCGGGCCCAGAAUAUGCGACAGGUGACCGGAGGCGGUGGCGGCGGCGGCGUGGGCGGCAGUGCCGGCGGCGGUGGCAGCAACACACCUGUGGGCCCACCCGGCGGCAAUAACGGCGGCAAUGGCGGCCCAGGAGGAGCGGGCGGCGCUGGAGGAUCCGGCGGAGCGGCGGGCUCGGGACCCGGCGGCAAGCCCUACUAUGCGAAUAACGCCUCGGGAGCGGGCGGUGCCGGCAAUCGGGGUGAGUGGCAUGCGAACUGAGCGCCCGGUGGCCACCACCAGCCGCCACCAGCCAGUCGAAACCGGCCAGCAAGCGAACCAAGCACCCACCAGGAAACCCCAGAAAUAGCAACACAGAACCGGAAAUGGAUAGCGCAGGAGGAUGAGGAGGAGGAGGAGCAAGAGGAGGAGGGUCAGGCCCAGAGCUGGGCCAAAAGAGAGCUAUCCAGGCCGAGAACAUAAACGUAAACCGAGCAAGUCAGGCGGAGGAGUAACUAGAAAAGUGGAAUAUUGAAACAGGCAGAACCAGGCAGAACCAGGCGAGGCACAGACAGACACUUAGCCCUUGACCCGCGCGUGGGGGAGAGGCAUGUGAUGCGAUGCGAGUAGGCAAGUGAGCUAGUUGGGGGGCUUCCCCGUCACAACCGCAGGAAUGGCCACUCAGCAGGAGUCGGCGAAAGUAAACGAGAGUCGCGAAUCGCAAGUCGAGAGUGAGGAGACGAAAGGUUCAGCAGGAAACGAGUAAGGAAUACCUAAUUGCAAGAAGAAAUAUUUAAAGAAAACACAACAACACACAACACCACACCACACCACACCACACCACGCCACACCCACACAUGCAUACAUUUACAUAUACAUACAUACAUACGGAAUAGCAGAGUGUAUUUUUUGUCAAACAAAUUUACAUAAUAAUAUAUUACUUUUAUAUACUUAUGAUUUUCUGUAGUAGAGUCUUUCUCCCCUAAAAACCAUGCAACAAAACGAACCUUUGGCACUGCGUCUGCUUUAAUUUCUUUAUAUAUAUACAUAUUGUUUAAUUUUUUUGCAACCAACAAAAAAUCAACUAAUAAUUCUAAUUUAUGAUUAUGCUACAAUAUACAUUAUAUAUACCAUCUA